AUGUUCAGAGCAUUUUCCAGGCGCCUCAUUACGCGUGGUCUGCUGCUAAUCUCAGAUCCAUUGAAGCCAGAUCGAAUUGCUAAAUCUCAAGCGGACAGCCUGUUUCCUAAACCUCGAUUUGUAUCAUUUGAUCUCUGGGGUACGCUCUACACGCCCAAAAAGCCGAUCGCCGAGCUGUACUAUGAGAUCUCCAAAAACGAGUUUGGCAUUGACAAGUCUCUUGAAAGUCUAAAAGCAGAAUUUCCAGAAGUGCAUAAAGAAUUGCUAAUAGAUUUUCCCAAUUAUGGUAAAUACAGCGACCACAUCACCAACUGCAAGGACUGGUGGCUGGAGCUCAUAGUGAAGCUCUACGGACUCCCCCACUACCUGGAGAACGAGAAAUCUGCUAAGUUAUGUGAUCGUCUCGUGGACUACUUCUCGUCGCUGGAAGCUUACAUACUCUUCGAUGAUGUGAAGCCCACGCUCGAGAAGUUAAGGAAAAACAACGUGAGGAUCAUAGCCUCCUCGAAUUCAGACGACAGAGUAUUUCCCAUCAUGAAGUCCCUCGGCAUUGACCGUUACUUUGAAAACCCUUUCGUGUACAUAUCUUAUGAUCUUGGAACGGAAAAGCCUGAGCGAGCAUUUUUUAGAUCGAUAGCGGGUGAGUUAUACAAGAUAGACAAGGCAAACGAGCCGAGGCUCUCGAUGCAAGAGUUUUUGGAAAAUCUGUGGCAUGUGGGCGAUAGUUACGAGAAAGACUUUGUGGGCGCCGUGAAGGCAGGCUGGAACGGUGUUCUUAUUGACAGGCCCAAGACAAGCGUAUUUUUCAGAAACGGCCCUCAGAAAGCCUCUGUGAGUAACGAUUGUUUUGAAGCGCAGUCCGCCGACUCCUUGGACAGCGACGACAUGGUAAUGAUCGCCAACAAUAGAGUGGCCGUGAGCUCUUUAACUGAAGUGCUCCGUCUUUUUGAAUUGGAAUAA